AAGAAGAGGGGACAUAUAUCCUCAAGAGGUUAAAGGAUUGAGAAUGGCCUGGAGACGGUCCAGUGCCAGGGCCAGUGCCAGUAGGAGGGACCUUCACCUGGGGCUUCACUGUGAAGCAGAAUGAAACCAACAUGCAGGCAGAGGAUGACCUGGAUUUUCUAGAAGGUGGCUCUCUGGAAGAGUCCCAGGGAGGCACUCCUGUAGCAACAGUGCUUAAUCCUGCUGGCCAGCUAGGGCUUCUGUUGCAGAUCUGAGGCACGGUGUGGGUCCCAGGGAAGAGCCUGGGUAGUGGCACCAGUGGCAAAAGCCUCGUCAUCAUCAUCAUCAUCUUCUUCUAGACCCAGGGAGGGAGAUGCACUGGGCAGUGGUGGUGGCAGGAAUGCUCCUGCUCCUGAGCACCAUGUGGCAGCCCUCAGAGGCGCUGUGCUCACCCACCAUCUUCUACCGCGACUGCUGGAUCCGGCGUUUCCCGGGUCUCCUGCUAGACCUGGAGGAGUCUCAGAAGCAGGGGGCCCAGCUCCUCAAGUACUACACUGAGAACACUGGUCAGAACUGUGGACAGAGCUGCUGCCUCCACAAGGACGUCUCCUGCAACCUGGCUGUCUUCUACCAUGACCCAAUGCACGACAGUGCCAACUGCCUGCAUGCCUACUGCCCGACACUAGAGAGCUGCAUCCUGGCACCCGGCCUUGGGGCUGUGCUGUACAACAUUACCGAGGGUGUCGACCCAGACCUGCUGGUUUUCCAGCGGGCUCCAGCCUCACACCUCAACACCCGCAGGCUCUGGGUCCUGCAGGCUUCAAACUUCGGAGCUUCUCAAGCGCUUCCACCAUCCCGACUCAAUGAUAGCAAACAGUUCUCCAACAAAACCAAAGGGUCCCCUGGCAGCAGCCAGCAGGCUGAGGAGGGGGAUGCGGCGCCUGCAGAGGCCCCAGGAGUCUGCCACUGGGGCACCAAGCUGCAGCCUCAUUGA